AUGACCUGCUGGAGCGGGCUGCAUUUACUCGCGUCACCAACCGACUCCCUCCAUUUCAAGCCAACGCACCAUGUGAAACCCGACGUGAAUCGCCGAAGCAUGUCAAUAGGCUGCCAUUGCCAGGCCAUCCUCUUCCACCAAAAUCUCAAUACGAUGGUCGCAACGUCUGACAUCCCGGCCGACACCUCUACUUCACUUCUCACCACGCUCGCAGAUGAGAUCUCGUCCAGUGCGACUCUCCUAUCUUCGCAUAUCGAAUCCAGGCGACUUCCAUGGCCAUCUUUUUCCGCCGAUGGCCCCCGGCAGCCAAUUUGCGAGGACAAUGAAGAAGUCUCACGGGCACGCACUGCUCUCAUUGAAGCCACUAGAUCCCUCCACGCCCUCGCCGUCGGGCCAGUUGAAACUACAAAGCACUUCUGUUUCAACGAGAUCUAUCUCCUCGGCGCAAUGCAAGUCCUGUGUCAUUUCGAGAUUCCACAGAACGUCCCGCUCCAAGGAACCAUCACUUUCCAUCACCUUGCCUCCAAGACCGGCUUAAGCGAAGCUCUUCUUCCACGCUUUCUGCGUAUGGCCAUAGCAAACUUCUACUUCGCCGAACCUGAACCAGGUCUGGUCGCCCAUUCAGCCUGGUCCAAGCCACUCGCUACUGACGAGAAGAUGCGCGCCUGCAUCUGGUUUCGCCAUGCCGAGAUGCUCCCUGCCGUAUCCAAGCUCGUCGACAUGGUCAAGCGGUACCCCGACUCCCCUGAGCCACAGGACACAGCUUUCUCGCUGGCAUUCGGAGACGCCUUCUUCGGGUACAAAGAGAGACACCCGGAAAACAUGGUCCAAUUUGGACAAUUUCUUGACGCCUUUUCCGGUGGUAGCUCCGCCGACUCGGCGGAAAGCAUUGCGCGAGCCUACCCCUGGGAGACACUACCGAACAGAGCGCUCGUCGUUGAUGUUGGCGGUGGCAUCGGACAUAUCUCUGCUGCUAUUGCGCAGGCACAUCCUCAUUUGCGGUUUCAGGUGCAGGACUUUGAAGAUCUGAGAGGCGCGGCCGAGGAAUUGAUGGAGAGUAAGGGAGUCAAGGAUAGAGUCGAGUUCGUGUCGCAUAAUUUCUUUGACCCCCAACCAGAGCCAGCCAGAGGAGCCGCCGUUUACUUCAUGAGGAACAUUCUUCACAAUUGGUCUGACUUGUACUGCAAGCGAAUCUUGAAACCGAUUGCCGAAUCUAUGGGGCCGGAAAGUAGGAUCGUCAACUGCGAUAUUGUUUUGCCAGAGCCAAAUUCGGUGCCAAAGGCGCAGGACGCAGUGAUCAGGGCACUUGAUUUGACUAUGCUAUCGUUGUUCAACGCUAAAGAAAGAUCUACCGACCAGUGGAAGGAGCUGUUUGCGAGCGCCGAUGGCAGGCUCGAGAUCACCGACAUGGUAGGGAAGCCACGAAUGAGGAUGGAUAGCCUGGUUGAGGUUAGGUUGUUAUGUUGAAGAGAAUGUACAUCAUUCACAUUCCAAUACCACAACUCAAUU